AUGUAAAAUAUAGUUUCACUCCUUUCAUAUGUAAAGCUAGAAGAAGAGUUUGGGGAUCUCACGGUCCGAUGAGACUCCAGGAAAGCUUGUGUUGUGCUCCGAUUUGAGAUUUGGCGCCACAGUACACGCUAGAGGAUAUUUUUUCUGUCAUUUAAGCAUUAGGAGGCGGGCAUGUGACUCACUAGCCAAUAAGAAAAGUUGCUUGGCUGCCUAAGCCGUCCAAUGAGGCUUUCAAAUGUUGGGAGAGGGCGGGUCCAGCAGCAGGGAUGCCACUUCCCGUCCAGCCAUUUUAGGCGUUUGUGUCUUCUCUGGAGAGAGCCCCGCAGGUUGUCCCCCAGUGUUUGUGUCUCAUCCACUGAUCACAGGAGCCGCUGGAGAACACCAGGGCACCCGGUGACCGAAAAUGGAGUCAGUAACCUUUGAGGAUGUGGCUGUAAACUUCUCCCUAGAGGAGUGGGCUAUGCUGAAUCCAUCCCAGAAGAACCUCUACAAAGAUGUGAUGCAGGAAACCUUGAGGAACCUGGCCUCUAUAGGAAACAGUUUAGAGCACCAUAUCAUUGAAAAUAUAUACCGAAAUUCCUGGAGAAAACUAAGUGGUCAAGUGGUGGAGGGACUCUAUGACUUCAAAGAUGAUCAUCAGUGUGCAGAAAUCUUUGACUUCACUACUCAGAGCAUUGUAAACCAGAACCCCUUUCCAGGAGUACAUAUAUGUGAAAACAGUGGAUGUGCAAGAGUAGUCAUUGGCCAUUUGUCUCUAAGUGUGCUCCUUAAACCCGACACAGAGCAUGAGUCAUAUGAAGAUCAGGAGUAUGGAAAGGAAUUGUACAACAGUAUGGAGUUUGGGGCCACCUCCAGUUCUCUCCCAUCGUUUGAGAACUAUGAAAGUACUUACACUCUAGAGAGACUGUAUAAAAAUGAGAAUUGUGAUGAAGACUAUAGAUUUGGUCAAAAUCUUCAAAAGACUUUGACUGAAGAAAAGCCCUUUGAAUGUAAGCAAUGUGGGAAAGCUUUCAGUUCUUCAAGGUACUAUCGAAGGCAUGAGCGACGCCAUCGGGCAAAGAAAUCCUAUAUAUGUAAGCAGUGUGGGAAAGCUUUUGCUUUUCCCACUUACUUACAAACACAUGAAAGAAUUCACACUGGGGAGAAGCCCUAUGUGUGCGUGCAGUGUGGGAAAACCUUUGCUCAUUCUCGUUCCCUUAAAACACAUAAAAGAACUCACUCUGUUAGGGACCUCUUUGUGUGCAAUUACUGUGGGAAAACCUUACGUCAUUAUAGUUCUCUUCAAAUUCAUACAAGAAUUCACACAGGAGAGAAACCUUAUGUAUGUAAACCAUGUGGCAAAGCCUUCAUUACUUAUCGUUCCUUUCGAAUACAUGAAAGAAUUCACACUGGAGAAACACCUUAUGAAUGUAAGCAGUGUGGAAACACCUUCAUGCGUUGGAUUCAAUUACGAAAACAUGAAAUAAUUCACAGUGGUGUGAAACCCUAUGCUUGUAAGCUAUGUGGGAAAAGCUUUACUUGUUCUGGUUCCCUGAGAACACAUGAAAGAAUUCACACUGGGGAGAGGCCUUAUGUGUGUGACCAGUGUGGGUAUAGCUUUACUCGAUUGAACUCGCUUUUAAGACAUAAAAUAACCCAUACUGGCGAGAAGCCCUAUGUGUGUAAUCAUUGUGGGAAAACUUUUCCUCGUUCUGCUUCUCUUCAAAGACAUGUAAAAAUUCACACUGAGGAGAAACCCUAUGUAUGCAAGCAGUGUGGGGUUGCCUUUGUUACUUCUACUGAACUUCUAGAACAUGAACAAACACACAUUGAUGAAAAACCUUAUGUAUGUGAGCAAUGUGGGAAUGCCUUCGUGCUUUGGAGUCAGUUUCAAAAACAUAAAGCACUUCACAGUGUCCCCGUUUCCUAUAUUUGUAAGCAGUGUGGGAAAAGCUUCACUUCUUCCAGGUCACUGAAAACCCAUGAAAGAAUUCACACUGGCGAGAAGCCCUAUGAGUGUAAGCAGUGUGGGAAAACUUUCCUUUGGUCUUACUCCCUUCAAAGACAUGAAAAAACUCACGGUGAUGGGAAGCCCCAUGUGUGCAAACAGUGUGGGGAAGCUUUCACGUAUUACAGUCAUCUUCAGGUGCAUGAAAAAAUACACAUUGAUGAUGAACCCUAUAAUUGUAAAUACUGUGGGAAACCCUUCUUCACUCUGAACCAUUUACAUAGACAUGAAUUACUUCACACUACCAUGGAUUCCAGUAUUUUUUAAUAAUGAAUUAGAGAAAAAAAAUUUUUUUGGCUUGGUAGCUUUCAAAGACAUAAGCAAAAUCACACUUGGGGGGAAAACCUGGAUUUGUGCUAGCAAAGUGGAAGAACCUUUUGCAUUGUUUCAUUGAAACAAACAUGAAGCGCCACAAUGGAAAGAAACAUUUUUUUUUU